GUAUUUAUCGCUUUUAUGUUGAUCUGCGGUUACUGAAGGCUGCAGGGAAGUGUUUGCCUUGGGGACGCAGUGCCAGGCCGGGCCGGGUUGUGCAGGGCGUGAGGGCGGGCGAGUCCCCGCCCCGCCCCGCCCAUUACCCGCCAGCUGAUAACACUCGCCGCCUGGCUGCUAAGAAAAGAGGCAAAAUGGCAGAAGAAGAUAAUGUUGAGAUUGAACCUGUAGCUGAAGAAGAGGAGCCAACAAACUACAAACCCCCACCAGAGAAGUCCCUUCAGGAGAUGAUUGAGACAGACCAGGAAGAUGAAAGUCUCCGCAAGUAUAAAGAGAAACUACUGGGCAGCUCUGCCACUGGGGCAAUUGUUGUUGAAUCAAGUAACCCUAACCGUGUUUUGGUGCGUAAGUUGGUGCUGCUAGCAGAGGGGCAGUCAGAAAAGGAGUUGGACCUCACUGGAGAUCUGGAUGCACUCAAGGAUGCUGCCUUCACCAUUAAGGAGGGUAUCAGCUAUAAAAUUCGUAUUGACUUCCAUGUUCAGAGGGAGAUAGUGACUGGCCUUAAAUAUGUUCAGCGUACCUUCAGAAAAGGACUCUUAGUGGACAAGAUGACUCACAUGGUGGGUUCCUAUGCCCCUAAGGAAGAGGUUCAGUCCUACACCACCCCAAUGGAGGAUGCACCUUCAGGUCUCAUUGCCCGUGGCCAUUACACUGUGAAGUCUCUCUUCACAGAUGAUGACAACAAUGAACACCUCAAGUGGGAGUGGUCCUUCAACAUCAAAAAGGACUGGAAUUGAGAAAAUGAGUGGCUUGUUAUGAUGGGCUUGUAAGAGCAGAGCUAAGUUUGAUGGGCUUGUAAGAGAAGAGCUAAGUUUACUUCCUCAGAAGUGGUGCAUAGUCAGGGAACCAAUAAACUUUUUCAUAAAAUUAUGUUUUCUUAAAUACUAAUUGCAGGUAUGUCAGUGGUAGAGAGAACGGGUUCACAUUUGUACUACCAGCUCAUAUUUUUGACAGGGUGCUUCUUGGUAGCCUACAUUUUAAUGUGAGCUGCUGAAGUGUUUUACCUCAUGGUAAUGCAUUUAAAAGUUUUUCAUGUGAAAAGUGCUCAUUAAUUCAGACAAUAGAGUCUUAACUUGAUUUGCUCUUGGUCAAGAUACUUAUUUCUCUUGGAUGCUAAUGUCAAUCAGCAGUUCAGUAUGAACUCAUUGAUUACUGUGUAAUGUUGUAGUGAAUAAUUUGACUGCAUGCUGUUUAUUGUAUGUUAGUAAUAUUUGACUCUUUCCUUCCCAUCUCUAUCUUCCAAUACAUGUUAAGUCUGCCCAUAGGAAACUGAACCACCUUUGCCUGAAAUGCACAAAGUGACCCUAUCUUUUCCCUGGUACUGCUAUAAGAACACUUUAUAUUGUAAUGCUCAAAUUAAUUUGAUGCAGUUAAUAUACAUUUGUACACAGACUUAUACACUAUACCCCAACCCCCAACACACACACACACACACACACACACAUAUAUAUAUAUAUAUAUAUAUAUAUAUAUAUAUAUAUAUAUAUAUAUAUAUAUAUAUAUAUAUAUAUAUAUAUAUAUAUAUAUACCCUUCACACAUAUGCACAUACAUAACGUAGUCUCAACUGGAAAUUUUGUCAUUUCUUGCUAAAUCACCUUCCAUGAGGUUAGGCAUUUUGCAUUCUCCAGCAAUUUUUCACCAACCCUUCCCCACACAGAUGCUAACCAUAAACAAGGGUUUAAAUUUGUCCACCCUGUAUGGAGCAUGCAUAUCAUACAUGGGAGGAAGGAGUCUACGCACACAGUCCUUUUGGACAGAGUAGAAGCAAAGGUAUUUUGCUUCAUCACCUUCCUCUAAAUGAGUCUUCUACCUCUUCAAUUUUGCCUUACCUCUCUUCUUUUUUCUACCACAAUUUUUCAUGCUAACCUCUUCAGAACUUGCUGACUGCAUGCCUCCAUUGUUUCUGCAGCUUGAUACACACAACUUUCUACUCUAGCCCACCCCUAAGCUGUCCAACUCCCUCUUGCAAGUUGACCAGGAUCUUAUUCUUUCAUCUUGGUUACUGGUAAACUCUGGAACUGCUCUCCUCCAUCUGUAUUUCCUUUUUCCUAUGACUCAAACAUUUUCAAGAAUAGAAUAUCAAGAUACCUCACUAACCAUUUUGGAAUACCUGAUUAGGAUCUAUUCUUUUCUCUUAUUAGGAGCAGUGAUCCUGCAUCCUUUUUUUCCUGUUUACUUUUUCACCCUUGACUGCCUCCACUGCUGGGGGAUUUAAUAUAUAUAUAUAUAUAUAUAUAUAUAUAUAUAUAUAUAUAUAUAUAUAUAUAUAUAUAUAUAUAUAUAUAUAUAUAUAUAUAUAAAAAACACCACAAACAUACCUACAUAUAUACACAGUAUAUCCCCUGCCACACACACACAUAAAUUGGUACACAUUUACUGUAACUGGCAUUUGAUGUUGACUACAGUGAACUGUGGCAUUGUUACUGGGUAGAUGCUGCCAUGAUCUAGGGAAAGUGCUUGUUGUAGAGGGAACUGACUUUUAAACUUAAUCAUAUAGUUUACAAAAUGGCAUAAGUUUGACAAUUUUAUUAUCUUUCUUUCCUAGGAAAGAGGAAAGUUUAUUCACUGGGAAUAUUCAGCUACUUGUUUUCAAAGUUUGCUUUUAUAGCUGUAGUCAUGGUUUCAGUCUACGGACCACCUACUGUUCCAAAACAAAGUAAGUGUUGUCAGAAACACCUGACAGGCGAGCCAAAACUUUACAUUUCUGAGUUACUGAAGAACCUGGUUGAACAUUUUCAUAGUGUAUGCCUUUAAUACCCUUAUCUUCACAGCUCAGAACAACAAGUUUUGUAAAGAUUUUUGUUUAAUGUACUGUAGCUCUAAGGCUACCACAGUUAAGAUGGGACUCUGAAAAGAUCUAGAAACUUUAUAACUUGAUUUGAAGCUUUGGAAAAGUGCUUCAUGAAUCACAGGUUAGGAGGUUUCUGUUCUCGAAGAUUAAAUUACUCCUAAUUAUUUUGUUGCAGGUUUUGUAAAUAUUCAAAAUAGUAUUUACUAUCCUCUGAUAUAAAUUUCAGCAGAAUAGUCUUGACAACACCUUACAUGAUAAAUUUUCUGGAAUAAAUCUUAGCUUUUCAUUAAUACUAUAAUAAUUAUAGUGUGCCGAUCUCACUAUCACAGAUCAAGCUGGCUUCAGGGAAGAUUAAUUUUGUGGUGGGGUGGUCCAAAACUUAUAAAAACAAAUUAUUGCCACCACUAUAUACUUUAUGGGAAAUUGCAGUUAUGAUGAAUAUAAAUAAUGUCAGCUAAACACAGAUUCCGAGUAAACUUCCGUUAUCUUACUGAGAAAAAUUUAGUGAAAUUUCCAUAUAUGGUUUGCUGUUAAGCAUAUUACUGUGCCUUCAUACCUAAUCAUAGCAACCUGAUUUCAGAGUGAAACCACCUACUCAUCAAACAAGUUAUAUUGAUUUUUCAUUGAUUUAUUUAUUCAUUAUUAUUACUUUUUUUUUAGAAGAAAAUAGAAAAGUGCUGUUAAAGAAACUUGCAGUAAUAUUACUGUGAAUUUCAGGGUGGAAAAAUAUUCGGUAGACAAAAAGUGUAUUUGGUACCCUUGAAUGUGUUUGACUGCAGAAAUGGUAUAAACUAAGUAACUAAUGCAGAUCCUAUCACUUACACUUAAUGCAGGUAUUGCAGACUGCCUGGGUUUUAAUCAUUAUUAAAUGUUAUAUCUGAUUCAGGUUUUGUAUGUUAUAAAUUAUUAAACAUAACAGUAAACAAGUUAUAGGAUUUGAGUUUUUCAGUGUUGUAGCUUCAUUUGUUUUAUGAAUUUCAUGAAAAACAAUAUUCAUUAAUGCAAUAAUUUCCAGUGUAUAUUUAGUAUAGCUGCACAGUAUACAACUUCAUAUGAAAAACUGUUUGAUAGUUUUUGUUAUACCAAUUGAAAACUUAAGAAUUAUUAAAAGUCUAGGAAGUGUUGUUUUCAAAAUUAUCUGCUGUCAGAAAUUUAGCUUUGUCAGUCAGUCUAAUACCAUGGCACAACUGUAACUUAUUCUAUUAGAAGUAAUUUUAUUUUACUUGAAUGAACUAUUCUGGUUUUGCAGUACACCCAGUUUCAUAUUAUAAAAGUGAUAUAAUCACAAAAUCAUAAUAUUAAGAGUUUUGUUACAAUAAACUUAACAUUACCCUUUAUAAGUGAUUCAGUAAAAAGUAUUUGAGACUAACUAUUCCCCCCCUUUAAGUUUUGCUGCAGGUGAGCACAUCAAUUGUACAACGUGCCUUAAUUCUGAAACCUGCCUGGUGUUUGCUGCUUAUGUUUCUUGUAUUGCUUUAUAUAUCACAUUUUGUUGAUUUAAGUGUGGAAGAUUAUUUUCUUCCAGGUUAGAAUAAAAAUAUAGCAUGGUUUGAGCAAAUUACUCCUGAAGUUGUUAAGCACUGGUAAAAAUGUUAAAUUAGCAUGAAUUUAUUCAUGGUUAAAAAUUGUACCUUCUAAAUUAAUCCUUUAGCAUGUUAACCAAAUUCUAUGUGAAGAUACUUUUUUGAGUAAAGAAAUUAUGGGUUCCUUUGAAACAAGAAUUCAGAUAAAAUUAUAAUUUUUCCUGAUUUCUUACGAGGAAAAUGUCAACCAGCGGAUAUGGGGAAUUAACAAAUCUUGUUUCAUGUGGCCCUCAAUUGGCAAACUUGGUUUCAUGUAUCUUUCUUUAGUAAUGUUUUGAUAUUUUGUGCCAUUGGUUUCCACACAUGUAUGUGAUUAAGAAAGCCUUUAGCAAAAAAUAUCUCAAUAGGAUUAAUAAUGUUUCAUUUGAUGGCAAUGCCAAAGACACUUAGUCAGGUUGUAGUUGGUAAAUGACAAAGAUUAUUGUAUUUUCAGCUUGAACUUCUUUUCAGAGUAAAAUUCAUGAACUUUAUUACUAUUAUAAAUUAUGAAGAUUAGGGGUGUGUUACAGGCCAGGUCUUCAUAUUAUACUGAAUAUUUCUAUUGUAAUACAAUCAAGUAAGAUUUCAGUAUUGACAGUGCCAUAAACUUUAACAAGUUUAUAAAUUGAGUGUCAAAUUUGUAGUUCCCUACACUUGUAGUGAACUCAGUUCAACCAAAAUAGGAUACAAAUUUCCAUUAAUUAUUGAAUGUACGUAUUUUUUUUAAGAUUUACAUGUUUCAUAUAAUUAUGCACUUUCUUGUUAGCUUUUCAACUUUUAUAAAACUCUGAGUGCUCAAAAUAAACUUUUGUAAACUUUGUGAGUGGAUGUCUUGGACAGGAAAGAAUGCAGCAGUUUUUCAUACUUUCUUUAUGUAAUUCCCAUAAGUUCUUAAGCAAUAAGAUAAAAUUAUGUGAGCAUGUGUCUCUAAGUCUCACUCGUUAAAAGUUAGUUAUUGUGAUACAUUAGAUUUCCCAUGUGACCCCACAGCCCUGACCAAAAUGACAACCUUUUAUAACCUCAUGUGUACUUGUCUCACUCCUUUUAUAACUGGAAGGACUAUAUAUACAUGGUGUUAAGUAGAAAUAACCUGAUUAAGAGUUGUGUUUUAUAUGAACUGUUAGUGGUGAUUAGAUUAACUGUUAAGAGCAAUUAAGCAUGACUGCCCCCUAAAGAUCUACAGUGUGUAGAAUCAACCAGUUAGAGUGAAUCUUGAUAGAGUAUGAAAGUUUUCAGUAAACUAUUUUCAUCAACACAAAAAAAUACUAUUUUCUGGAGGACAGUAUGGUGGUUCUAGAACAUAGGAGUCUCCAGAUACUUAAGUCACAGGCAUUAGCUGGUAUUAUCAUGGCAUUUGUCAGAGAAACAUGAAAGUGAUCGUUAAAUAUGCUUGUAAAAGUCUAGGGGCAAUAAACAUUUAUAAUUUUUAUAUAA